UCGCGAUUGAGUGGCCAUUUUUUUUAGCAACGACCGCAGUAUCGAUUCAUUGCGCUUCGUGUCCGGAAACCUUGCAGAUUUUUUAAUUUCUCAUAAAGUGUUAAAUUUGGUAUUUAACAGAAAUUGCAUUUUCUCUGCUACAAAGAAAAAAAGUUUAUUAAGUAAUAAAAUGGCUGAUGUUGAAAAUGGAAACUCAAAUGGAAACUACAACGAUGAGCCUAUCACAGAACCUGAGCAAUUGAGAAAGCUUUUUAUUGGUGGUUUGGACUACCGAACUACCGACGAUGGUUUAAAGGCGCAUUUUGAGAAGUGGGGUAAUAUCGUAGACGUGGUUGUAAUGAAAGACCCAAAAACAAAACGAUCACGAGGUUUCGGUUUUAUUACAUAUUCUCAGUCGUAUAUGAUUGAUAACGCUCAAAAUGCGCGUCCUCAUAAAAUCGACGGGCGUACUGUGGAACCAAAACGAGCAGUACCGCGCCAAGACAUCGACAGCCCUAAUGCCGGUGCAACGGUUAAGAAAUUAUUUGUGGGAGGUUUGCGUGACGACCAUGACGAAGAAUGUCUACGAGAAUAUUUCAAAUCCUAUGGAAACAUUGUAGGAAUUAAUAUCGUAGCGGAUAAAGAAACUGGGAAGAAACGUGGAUUUGCUUUCAUUGAAUUUGAUGACUAUGAUCCGGUUGACAAAAUUAUUUUACAAAAGAAUCAUACCAUAAAGAAUAAGGUUCUCGAUGUUAAAAAGGCCAUUGCUAAACAAGACAUGGACCGUCAAGGAGGAGGUGGUGGUGGUGGCGCUGGUGGUCGUGGCCAAGGAGGCAGAGGUGGUGGCCGUGGUGGUGAACGUAACAACCAGGGAUGGGGUGGAAACAAUAGGCAAAAUGGAGGUAAUUGGGGCGGAAAUAGUUUUGGAAACAGUGGAAACUUUGGAGGAAAUCAAAGUGGUCCCGGCGGUCCUGGAAGCUGGAACAACCAGCCCGCGCCUUGGAACAACCAAGGAGGCAGUGAUGGAGGUUGGAAUAAUGGCGGAGGUUUUGGUGGUCCUGGUAAUAGCGCCAACAACGGAUGGAGUGGCAACAACAGCGGUGGUAAUUUUGGUAGUGAUUACCAACAGAGUUAUGGUGGGGGCCCACAAAGGGGUAACAACUUUGGAAAUAACCGGUCCGCGCCAUAUAAUCAAUACAGCAAAGCAGGUAGCGUUGGCGGUGGUCAAAGUGGUGGUUUUGGUGGUAACAAUUACAAUAGUGGCGGUGGUCCUAGUGGAGGAAAUAUGGGUGGCGGAAACCGGAGAUAUUAAAACAUGAGGUAAAAAGUACAUAGUACAAUUUCAAACAGAGACAGACAGAGAGUCUAGGCACAGGCAGGCAGGCAGGAAGGCAGGAAGAGAAAUGUAAUCAGAUGAAUAACAUAAUGAUGCAGUCAACUGCAGUUCAAACGCUAAAAUAUCUACAUUUUUUUUAGGCAAUUAAGGAAAUUUAUACAGAUAAACUAAAUAUUUUAUUUGACAUUCACUCAAGUACAAACAAAUCAGAUAUCCGAAUAUUUGUAGUGAACUUGAUUUAUUGAAUGUUGUAACCACCCAUUAUAUAUAACUACAUAUUACACCAUAUGAAACUCCAUAAAUCAGAAAAAUGUACGAUAAAAACCGUACAUUCCACUAUCUUUUCAUGUUCUGUGUAUUAAAAUACCUGUCUUAUCUUUCAAAUUUUAAUAUAAUUUUACUGUAAGACAUUUAUAAUUUUCCAUACAAGCAUUUAAUUAUUAAAAGUAUUAAAUAUGAUACGUACUAGCUUCAAGAGCUAAUUUAGACGAAAAUAAACAUCAUGAAGAAUCUUGACACACAAUUUGAGUCAGACCUAUCAAUUGUAGUAAUAGUUUACUUAAUUAUGUACCAUAGCUUGUUAAAAAGCCUUAAUAAAUUGAUAUAAGUUUUAAA